AUGUCUGCUGCCAGCAAGAUUUUAUCAGAAAAGCCAACUGAAUUAGAAUUAAAAGUUGCUCAAGCUUUUAUUGACUUAGAAGGUCAAGCUGAUUUAAAAGCUGAUUUAAGAGCUUUACAAUUCAAAUCUAUUAAAGAAAUUGAUGUUAGCGGUGGUAAAAAAGCUUUAGCUAUCUUUGUUCCAGUUCCAUCUUUAAUUGCUUACAAGAAAGUUCAAAUCAGAUUAACUAGAGAAUUAGAAAAGAAAUUCCCAGAUUCACAUGUUGUUUUCUUAGCUGAAAGAAGAAUCUUACCAAAACCAGGUAGAGGUACUAGACAAUUACAAAAAAGACCAAGAUCAAGAACUUUAACUGCUGUUCAUGAUUCAAUCUUAGAAGAUUUAGUCUUCCCAACUGAAAUCAUCGGUAAAAGAGUUAGAUACUUGGUCGGUGGUAACAAGAUUCAAAAAGUUUUAUUAGACUCUAAAGAUUCAUCAUCUGUUGACUAUAAAUUAGAAUCAUUCCAACAAUUAUACUCAAAAUUAACUGGUAAACAAGUUGUUUUUGAAAUCCCAGCUGAAACUCAUUAA